AUGCGACGGUAAACAUACGCAUGAUGAUCCACAGGAUAGUUCUGUGACAUGAUUUAAUGGGAUAGUCCUAAUUAGACUGACAUUGUACGUUGGAGUACUUUGGUAAAUCAUUUUAUUAGUGUAUCAGUUGUUUAUUUUUCAAUGUAAAUAUGGAGAGGAGUGAUAAAACUUUGCAUGAAAUGGUUCAGGAGGCGGCAUCCCUGCACAGUGCUAGAACCGCUGUCACUUUUGACAGCUGCACCGAAUUGGGGAUCAUAUCGCGCACCUACAACGAGCUUCUCUCAUUAGCGAAUGAAUUAACCAACCUGCUGAAGGAGCACGGUCGCCUAAGUGGGCAGAUAUUUGGCUUAUACUGUCACCCUGGUAUCAACCUUCCGAACUGGAUUCUAGGAAUCCUUCAGCUCCCAGCGGCUUAUGCACCCCUAGAUCCAGACUCUCCCCCAUAUUUGUCCAUCAGAUUCAUGGACCAGUGUGGGCUGAAAUAUGCUGUGAUACAGAGUGAGCUGUUACAGAGAUUCCACAGAACGUUUUCCCCACACCUGCUUGUGGAAGUGUGUGAGGUGUGGCAAAAUCAGGGACUCACACUGGUAAAGGUACAGCAGGAAGUUGGGAGCUCUCAGAGGAGUGAGCAGCAGGAAGUUGGGAGCUCUCAGAGGUGCGAGCAGCAGGUAGUUGGGAGCUCUCAGAGGUGUGAGCAGCAGGAAGUUGGGAGCUCUCAGAGGUGUGAGCAGCAGGAAGUUGAGAGCUCUCAGAGCAGUGUACAGCAGGAAGUUGGGAGCUCUCAGAGGUGCGAGCAGCAGGAAGUUCGGAGCUCUCAGAGCAGUGAGCAGCAGGAAGUUGGGAGCUCUCAGAGCAGUGAACAGCAGGAAGUUGGGAGCUCUCAGAGCAGUGAACAGCAGGAAGUUGGGAGCUCUAAGAGCAGUGAACAGCAGGAAGUUGGGAGCUCUCAGAGGAUUGAGCAGCAGGAAGUUGGGAGCUCUCAGAGCAGUGAACAGCAGGAAGUUGGGAGCUCUCAGAGGUGCGAGCAGCAGGAAGUUGGGAGCUCUCAGAGCAGUGAACAGCAGGAAGUUGGGAGCUCUCAGAGCAGUGAACAGCAGGAAGUUGGGAGCUCUCAGAGCAGUGAACAGCAGGAAGUUGGGAGCUCUCAGAGGAAUGAGCAGCAGGAAGUUGAGUGUGAGUGGGACAUGCUGAUACAACAUGGUGAAGGGCGGUGGCACAGAGCUGCCAGACAGGGAUUGUUGGCCUACGUGCUGCACACCUCCGGAACAACCGGCCUUCCCAAGAUCGUGAGAGUGCCACACAAGUGCAUCGUGCCCAACGUCCUCCAUCUCAGAUCUCUGUUUCAGGUGACUUCAGAGGAUGUUGUGUUCAUGGCCUCUCCUUUGACCUUUGACCCCUCUGUGGUGGAGAUGUUUUUAUCUCUGUCAUCGGGGGCAUGUCUUCUGAUUGUUCCCACGGUGAUCAAAAAAGUCCCUGAUAGACUGGCCACGGUUCUGUUCAAACACCACAGGAUAACAAUAUUACAGGCCACACCCACACUGGUGGGACGUUUUGGGGGGUGUGUCCUGCAAAGGGUGGUGCUCUGUGCUGCCUCCUCCUUGCGGAUCCUGGCCCUGGGGGGCGAGGCCUGCCCCCCUGUGUCUGUGCUGCGUGGCUGGAGGGGGGAGGGAAACUCCACCCGAUUCUUCAACCUGUAUGGCACCACAGAGGUGUCCUGCUGGGCUACCUGCUACAAACUGCACCUGGACACCAUGAGUUUGGGGUCUGUGCCCUUGGGGUCAGUGCUGAUGGGCACUGUAGUGGAAGUGCGAGGAGAGGACGGCAGGGUGAUUACCUGUGGGGAAGGCCAGGUGUUCAUAGGGGGAGAGGACAGAGUGUGUUUCCUUGGUGAUGAGGUUGCCGUGGCGAAGGGAACCAUGCGGAGCACUGGGGACUGGGUGGAGCUGAGGGAUUCACACCUGUAUUACCUGGGACGCAGGGACCGGCUGGUGAAACGUCACGGCCAGCGGCUCCACCUGGACGCACUGCACCAGGUACUGCAGAGCCUGCCCCAGGUAGAGGUGUGUGCUGUCACCCUAUGUGAGGGGCACAGGCUUGUUGCCUUUGUGGUACCCUCCUCUUCUGGAGAUCCCACCCCUUCCCCCAGAGGCCCUACCCCUUCCCCUAGAGGCCACACCCCUUCUGCUGGAGGCCACACCCCUUCCUCUGGAGAGCUACAGAGGGAGAUUUUGGGCAUGCUGUCUCAGCUUCUGCCCCCAUACAGUAUCCCAGACACCAUCAUGCUGCUCCCAGCUCUCCCUCUCACCUCCCAUGGGAAAGUGAACAUGGGUGACCUGCUGCAAGUGUAUGAGAGGCAGAGAGCGGUCCUAAUGUCCCAUGAUGCACUGGGGGACAGGGACACUCUGAGGGAACUCCUGCAGAAGCUGUGGAAGGAGGUGCUGUCCCUCAGUGCUGAUACUCCGGUUGCUAUGGACUCUCACUUCCUGUUGAGUGGAGGAGACUCGCUCCGCUCUCUGCGUCUCUGUGAUGACAUCACUGCUGCUGUGGGCGUGGCCCUGCCAGGCCUGCUGGAGGUCAUCCUCAGUGGCUCCUUUGCUGACCUGCUGAGUCAUGUUUUUAAGGCAGUGUUUCAGAAAGAGGGCAAAGACGAUGCAACACCAGCACCUGAGGGCUUCUCUCUGGCAAAAAGAAAACAGCAGGAUCCUCCCCCAACCGCACAACCCAGGAGGAAACAGCCAGUCUCUCUCUCUCCACGUGAGAAGCAGUGGGGUGGAUUCACUGUGGUGAGGAGAGCAGGAGAGGUCACAGAGGGGCCUCCUCCCUCCCAGCAAAACCAGCUACUGAAUUUCCAUGGAAAUACAGUUUCUCGCACUGCAGUGCCCAAUCAGGGCACAGACCACACCCACUCACGCACUGCAGGGCCCAAUGAGGGAACAGAACACACCCACUCCCGCACUGCAGUGCCCAAUGAGGGAACAGAACACACCCACUCCCGCACUGCUGGGCCCAAUGAGGGAACAGAACACACCCACUCCCGCACUGCUGGGCCCAAUGAGGGAACAGAACACACCCAAUCCCACACUGCAGUGCCCAAUGAGGGAACAGAACACACCCACUCCCGCACUACCAGACCCAGUGGGAGAGCAGCAGAUGAGUGUGUGGUGGGGGUCAGAGCUACAGCAUUCUCGGCACUGGCCUUGCGUGUGCAGUGGCAGUCAGACACAGGCAGGUGUGUGGACGCCUCGCCUGUGCUGCUGGUGACCGAGUCAGGCGGGGCUGUGGCAUAUGUGGGGUCCCACUCCCACAGACUGCAGGCCAUCACGCUGAGGGGGGGGCAACUGCUCUGGGAGCGAGUCCUGGGGGGGCGUCUGGAAGCUUCUGCUGCCAUCACUGCAUGUGGAUCCCUCAUUGCGAUUGGGUGCUAUGAUGGGCAGGUGUAUUUCCUCUCGGUGGAGACGGGGCAGACGCACUGGGUGUUUGCCACCAGGGACUCAGUGAAGAGUAGCCCUGCCGUGGAUAUUCUCACCGCCCUGGUGCUGGUGGGGUCACAUGAUGGACACAUGUAUGCUCUGGACCCAGAGGCCCGGUGCUGUAGGUGGAGUCGGCACUGUGGGGGUGGGGCCAUAUUCUCCUCCCCCUGCCUUGACCCGUCUCUCCGGCAACUGUAUGUCGCCACACUGAGAGGAGAGCUCCUUUGCCUCAAGCCCGAGAAUGGCACUCCCUUGUGGACACACUCCAGUGCUGCACCAUUCUUCUCGUCCCCGUGCUACUCUGGCACAACCAUUUGCAUCGGCUCUGUGGACCAGAAUAUCUAUGGCUUCAGCCCCUCCGGCAACCUGUUGUGGCGGUUUACUACCGACGGGCCUGUCUUCUCAUCUCCGUGCGGCAUGCCUACCUCUCUGGCCAAUCAGAGAGUGUUCUGUGGAUCACAUGACGGAAGCGUGUACUGUCUGAGAUCCUGCGAUGGCGCCCUGGUGUGGCGGUUUCAGGCAGGGCAGAAGGUCUUCUCCAGUCCCUUCCUGUUCCACAGCUCGGCCAGUCAGGACGAGUGCCUGGUUGCUGUGACGGCCACUGAUGGGAUGCUGUGGAUUCUGGGAGCAGAGGACGGGGAGCCCAGGGCCUCUGUCUCCUUGCCAGGGGAGAUUUUCUCUUCCCCAGUGCUCUGGGGGCGCACUCUAGUGGUGGGAUGCCGGAAUGACUUUGUGUAUGGCAUUGAACUGACUGCCUCCAGACAUUCAGCUUCUCAAAUGUGAUGUUUUAAAAUAAAAAUAAAGAUUUUAAAAAUGUAA